AUGGAACCACAGAACGUCCUCCAAGCCCUGGCUGUGUCCGCCUUCAUGCAGUUGGCAUCAGCUUGGACAGUGAAUAACUUCCUGAUGACUGGCCCAAAGGUGUCUCUGGGUUAUCUCAGCAGCGUGCGGGCAGGCGCACAGAAUGGAAUGAAGGAGUGCAAACACCAAUUCGUUUUGGAGAGGUGGAACUGUCCAGAGAGCACGCUCCAGUUAUCCACACACAACGGCCUACGAAGUGCCACAAGGGAGACAUCUUUUGUCCACGCUAUCAGCGCAGCCGGGGUGAUGUACACACUCACCAAGAACUGCAGUUUGGGAGACUUUGACAACUGCGGCUGCGAUGACUCCAGGACUGGUCAGACAGGUGGUAGAGGGUGGAUUUGGGGAGGCUGCAGUGACAAUGUUGCGUUUGGAGAAAAGCUCUCCAGACACUUCGUGGACGGGCUGGAAAAUGGACAGGAUGCACGCGCAGCAGUCAACCUCCACAACAACGAGGCGGGCAGGCUGGCAGUCAAAGCCACCAUGAGGAGAAGCUGUAAAUGUCACGGGGUGUCAGGGAGCUGCACCAUCCAGACUUGCUGGAUGCAACUGGCCGGCUUCGGAGAGGUGGGAAACCUCCUGAAGAUGAAGCACAAACACGCCAGGAAGCUGGAGCUGGAUAAGAAGCCGGCGAGGGCCGGGAACAGCGCGCACAGCAGAGCGGCCACAGCGCUCGCGCUCCGGAGCAUCUCGCGAACGGAGCUUGUUUACCUGGAGGACUCUCCAAACUACUGCGUGAAGAACCAGAGCCUGGGGGUGCAGGGCACUGAGGGGCGGGAGUGUCUUAGGGGCGACAGGACCAACGCGUCGCAGUGGGAGAGGAGGAGCUGCAGCAGGCUGUGCCAGCAGUGCGGCCUGGGAGUGGACAGGAAGCGCACCGAGGUCGCCAGCAGCUGCAACUGCAAGUUCUACUGGUGCUGCACCGUCAAGUGCGACAAAUGCGCACAGGUGGUCACCAAAUAUUACUGCGCGCGCGCGCAAAAAAGGCAGCAACAUAUGUGGAAGCAGCUGGUGCGCCAGGACUGA